GCCGGACUUAGGCGGCAGCGGCGGGGGAGAAAAAGCGGGCGGCUCCCGCUCUCCCUUCCUUGCGCCUGCCUGUUCCCAGGACAAUCCAGCGCCAGCGGGGAGCGAGCGACGGCUGUUGGCUGGUGCUCGGGUUGGAUUGGCCCCUCCUAGCGGAGGCUCCACUUGACUGAGGCGGUGAAGCUCAUUAACCGGCCGAUUUGGGGGUUCCGACUGGCUUUCGGCGCGCUUCCUCCCUCUUCGCUCCCAAUCUGGACGCGGCAGCAUGGGGCGCCGUGCGGAGAAGGUGCCUCUUCGCCUGCUCCUCUUACUGUUGGCGGUUUCCUGCCAUGGUCGUAUUGUGAAGGUGCCUGAAGGACCACUAAUACGAGUUGAGGGAACCGAAGUGGUAAUUCCAUGUAAUGUUAGCCAAUAUGAUGGACCUAGUGAGCAGAACUUCGAGUGGGAGUUCUCUACAAAUCUUGGUCAGGACUCUGAGUUUGUACAUAUAUUGAGUACCUGGGACCCUUCGUUUAUGUCUCAGGAAUAUCAAGAUCGGGUUAGUAAAGAAGAGAUCAAGUUAAGGCGAAAUAGCAACAAUGCUGUGGAAUUUGUGAUUGGAAAUAUUCGUCCUACUGAUCAAGGGAUGUACCGAUGCACUACACCAAGUACAGAUGCUGUCUUCCAGGGAAAUUACAAUGAUGUAGUUGAAGUUAAAGUGAUUGCAGAUGGCUUAACUGUUCGUGGAUCAAAUCUCUACUCCUUAUCAACUUGGAACUUAACAGAAGGUGAUGCAUUUCAAUUACGUUGCUCAGCUUUUACCAAUUCUUCUGAACACACCCAUCUGCAAGUAUCUUGGGAAUUCAAGAGUGACCAUGCCUGGCAAGAAAUCCUUUCACUAACACACGAGGGCAAGUUCCGGACUGGCUCAGAGUACAGUGACCGCUAUAUCAGUGGGGAUGUGCGCUUAGAUGCUAUGGCUGAUGACGUUUAUAGCCUGUCUGUGUCCCAAGCUCUUCCAACAGAUGAAGGUGCCUACAGAUGUCGUGUGACUGAGUGGGUUAAAGGUGCAGAUGGUUCAUGGCAAAAGAUCCAAGAGAAGACUGCAGAUGUAGUAAAUUUGGUAGUGAAGCCAACAUCUUUAGAUGUGUUCAUCACCAGAAGCAAUAUAUCUGUGAUGGAACGAGAUUCCUUUGAACUUACCUGCAACUUUACAACAGAUAGAAGUGGUAUUUUCCAAACAGAACUCACAUGGUACUUCAGUGAAUAUCCACAUGACACCAUGGCAGAGGCUCAGGUUUUGCUGAGUGCUGACCGUGAUUUGGUAAUUAGUGAUUCCACCUUCAUCAGCCCUAGCCAUGUAGAUCAAAGUAAUUACCACCUAUUGGUGCGUGAUGUAGGCACUGAAAACUCCGGCUACUACUACUGUCAAGCAGCUCUUUGGGUGCCACAACACAAUGGCAGAUGGCACAAAAUAGCAGAGAAGACAUCAGUACCAGUCACCGUGGAAGUGGUGACAUUGGAACCGAAUUACUAUGUGUUUUUGAACGCUUCUAAAACACCCCUGUUUUCAGAGGAUCCCACAGAGCUUGAAUGUAGGAUCAUGGAGGUACAGAAUACCGAGACAAAUGUUCGUUUCACUGUGUCCUGGUACUAUAGGAGGCCCACACGCAGUGAUGAAGUGGUAGAAUAUGAACUUCUGGCCACUAUGGAUGCAGACUGGACACUAGUACUUGGGGAGAGAAGCAAACAACGUGCUCAAAAUGGAGAAAUUAUUUUAUCUAAGCCAAGGGUAGACACCUUCCGCUUACGAAUCCAAUGGACUUCUGAAACAGAUAGAGGAGAUUAUUAUUGUGUAAUUUCUUCAUGGGACAGACAGCGCAACAACAGCUGGAUAAAGAUCAAGGAUGUGGCUUCCAUGCCUGUAAGCAUUUUAUGGUCUACACAAGAUUAUACACUGACCGUAGAGGCUGUGAAGCUGAAACCAUUCUUCAUGGCAGGGCACACAUUUGAAAUGACAUGCAAGGUGUCAUCCCAGAAUAUAAAGACUCCUCGUUACUCAGUCCUCAUUACAGCAGUGAAGCCUCUGAGUGAUCGGACAAGACCAAAUGGGACUACUCGUAUCAUUUCUCUCAAUCAAGACUCAGUGGUUAGGCGGGAAGACUGGACAGACCAGGACCGGGUGGAUGGUGUAGUCUUGGAAAAGGUCCAGGAAAAUGAGUUCCGCUACAGGAUGUACCAGACUCAGAUUUCUGAUGCCGGACUAUAUCGCUGUGAGGUGACUGCAUGGUCACCAGGGGGUGGAGGCAGAUGGCAAAAGGCAGUUGAUGGUUUCUCCAAUCCUAUCCAGAUAGACUUCCAGACCUCAGGACCUGUUUUUAAUGUUUCAGUGCAUUCAGAUAGUCCAACCAUUUAUCAAGGUGACCUGGUAAAUUUGCUUUGCAUCAUCACCAUUGAAACAACAGUACUUGAUCCAGAUGACAUGUCAUUUGAUGUCUCCUGGUUUGCCAUGCGCUCUUUUGCAAUGGACAAAGAACCUGUUUUCCUAGCUUCAUUAGAUCGGAAAGGGAUAGUGACACAGGCAAGAAGAAAUGGGAGCAGUGAUCUCAGCUUAGAAAAAAUUUCCCCUCUGGAGUUCCGGCUUAGAGUUCAUGGCUGUGAAGAUCAUGAUUUUGGCAACCACUUCUGCUUGGUAACUCCUUGGGUGCGGUCAGCUGCAGGUGUUUGGCAACAGGAGAAGGAAAUCAAAUCUAAACCAAUUCUUGUAACUGUGAAGAUGGAUGUGCUGAAUGCUUUCAAGCUUCCACUAUUGAUUGGCAUUGGCCUAUCUACAGUUAUUGGACUUUUAUCCUGUCUAAUUGGAUAUUGCAGUUCCCGUUGGUGUUGCAAGAAGGAAGUUCAAGAAACGAGGCGAGAGCGCCGCCGCCUUAUGUCUAUGGAAAUGGACUGAACGAACAGGAGAGAUGGAUGGCCUUAUUUUGGGGAGGGAGGGAUUUUGGAAGGCCCAGACUUGAGUGUGGUGAACCAAAAUGCCCUGACAACCAUCUGAUCUUGUUCUGGAUCUGGAGCUGCCUUUUCUACCAAUGUUUCACACUGAGAACACAUGAUGUGUUUGUCAGCAUUUAGCUCUUUUUCCAAUGGCACUUUUUAUGGGGAUAGCUAUUUCAAAAAAAACCCUGUUGCACAGAUUCUUUUCCAGCAGAUAUUUAAACAAGAUUCACUACCAAGAGUUGUGAUUUAAAGCAAAAACCUUUGCUUGUUUAAUAGGAGGGUGGAAUUGAAAUCGUUUGCAUAAGAUUAAAAAGUCUGCCUUAUAACUAAGUGACCUCUAGCAAACAUCUCUAGAGAAGGAAGGAAAGGUUUCUGUGCUUUAGAUAUAUCUAACGGAAAAUCCCUCUUGUGUCUUACAGGUGAGAUUGGAAUUCAGUUUUUUUAUUUUUUUAAAAAUGUCGCUGCUUUAGCAGCCUUACAAAGUGAUUUCUUAGAAAAUGUACUGUUGUACAAGCCUGCUCUUACAGUGUCCACCCCGUUCUGGUUUAUAGCACAAUAGUUCUCUUUUAGGUAGAUAUGCUUCAGACUUGGUGCCCUGCAUCUUAAGUUUCUAGAGAGAGUAUUGUCAGAUUUCCUGCUGCUUCUCACUGUGCUGGUGGGUUUUACGUAAUGAAUACUUACACCUCAGAAACUGGAUGGAGACUGCUAAAUGUUCUUAUGAAUAUGACAUUGCUCUCUAAUUCAGUGGCCCAAAUAUCUAGAAAUCUCUUUAUCCAAGCAUGGCUAAUUUGAGGCAAAAAACCUGAUCCAAACAGUCAUGUGGAAUGAACUGUAGAAAAGUCAAGUGCACCCUGCCAUGGAUCCUUUUUGGUCAGCAAACAAACGAUCAGAUUCCCUGCUUGCACACUUCAGCCAGACUCUGACAUUGCAACUUGAAUCGGGGUAUGGGUGGAAAGGAUGGAUGAAAAGGAUAGGAUAGGUGUAAGGGAAAAUGCCUAUUUCCCAGAUGUUUCUUUGUGCAUGACACAGUGCCAAGGGACAUACGCUGUGCCCUUCAGUGUAUCCUUUGUGUACUCACUUGGAUGGUGAUACUUUUUUUUCCUGCAGAGCUUUUCUUUGGUGCUGUAAUACAGAGAGACCUAGGUUUUGUCUUCCACACACUGUUAUCCUAGUUUCAUGAAGUUGUCCUGUGAUUUAGGGCAGUCCAUCUUCAAGCACAGCUAGUAUUUUUAAGCAAUAAGAAGUUGGAAGAAAAGUAUAAUGAAAACAUUAUGCUUUAAACAUAAUAUGAUUUGAAUCAAGCUAAGUGAUUAUACUGAAGUAAAGACAUAUGAACCAUUUUUUUAAAAAAAUGCUUCAAGUUGAAUAGCAAGUGUUAGCUGAUCUUUCAAAUAUACUGGUGUAAUGUGAGUUGAAUGGACAUUGUACACAUGUUGAAGACAUGCAUAUAGUUUGAACAAUGAUUACUGCUGACCUUUCUGUAUAUUCAUCUAAGAACAUGGAAGAAUGUGUACAGAUCACUCAUUGUGCAUAAAUACCCAUUCAGCUUG